AUGGCCGCCCUUCAUCAAAACGUAGUCAAAGAACCCGGCACAAGACCUGGGAGAUUCUUCUUUCACGUGCAUGACGGCUUCUACUAUCAUCUUCAUGCCUCUACGAAAACGCGGGACUUCUACAAGUGUGUGCGAUCCCAACGAGGCUGCAGGGCUCGAGCUACGUCCGGUGCCGAUGGAUUUCGUCACUCGAUUACGGAUCACAAUCACGCGGCCGACCCAUGGUUUUCUCAAGAAAUUGCCUUGAAGAACAGUAUUCUCAAGGCGUGUGAGGAAGUGAGAGGACGUCCCUUCAAGGAAGUAAUUGCUGAAUUGUGUGAACCAUUUCCUGAGGAGGUGAGAAAUCGGGUGAACAUUCACGUUUUUAAGGAAGCCAUGCAGAGGGCCGCAGCCAGCAGUGUUCAACUGGAGUAG